AUGUCCAACAACAUCUUCCCCGUCGUACACACUCAGCUCUGGAAAGACAGACAAGCACCCGCAAAAUACACAGCUCCCCGACCAUCCACAAACGAGCCCACAUCAACGCGAGUAUCAUGCGGUUGCCGCACCAGCAAUGCCGACCUAGCAGCGUGGUGUGCCCUGCACAGCGAAGAAAUCCACACCGAGAGCCACGAGCAGGACCUGUCCUCGCCGACUGACGUCGAGGCCAGCAGAGCAGAGGGGCCGAGGUCACGACCCUCUCAGGAUGCCCUGCUGGAAGGCGGACAGAGUGCGUUUUGCCCGCUGGAAAAGGCGUUUGACUGCGUAGGCGUGACGGACACUGAGCGGGAGUAUCUGUAUAGGAGGCUGUUUGAGGGCAUGGAGGAGCAGCGGCGGGAUAGGAAGCCCCGGGAGUUGCCGGAUGAGGUGCCUGUGUUUACGGGCACAGAGGAGGAGAAGGAUAGGCAGUUUCGGGAUUGGGUUUGGCAUGAGUUUAAUGGGUGGGUUGAGUUUAUGUAUCCUGAUGGGAGUCGAGGUGAGUGA